GAGAUAGGAGAAGGGGAGGAAGAAGGAUUUGGACGAGUAUAGAGUGAGGAAGCAGCGGGUCCAUGCGGGGCUUUGGAUGAAGGAGAUCGAGAAGAUGGAGGAGGCUAGGGUUGCCGAUUCUACUGCCGCCGGUGAUGAUAUCGAUCGGCUUCUUGAUUCUUGCUCCGAGAUUUUUGACUCUGGAAACAUUGAUCUGAGUAAUUCAAAGAUCCCCAGCACUUCUGGGUUCCAAUCUAAGCCUUCUGGAUGGGAGACAACAACAAAGACUCAAGAUGGGAACAUAUGGGAAAUAUCUCAGAGGGAAGAGGACAUCCUCCUCCAGGAGUUCGAGAGGCGAAUCGCUUUCAGUAAAUUCCAGAUAGCAAGCUUCAUUAAAACUCAUAUUUUCAGCCGGAGAAGGCCAAUAGAUGGGUGGAAGUACAUGAUAGAGGAAUUGGGUCCGAACGCUAAAAGAGGGAAGGGGAGUGUCCAGAGGCUGCCUAGUCUAGCUGACCCAUCCACCCAACCUUUCAAGGAGGAAAGGCCAGCAAUUGCCCCCAAUCUUACCUCCAACAGACGGAGAUGAAUACAAUAUCAAUUAUUCCAGUUCAAAAUCUCAACACAAGUUCCAGUGGUUGUAUUUGAUCCUUUGUUAUUCUAGAACUUUGUCAGUACUUAUUGGACUGCCUAGAACACAAGAACUUGCUUCACUGGAUUUUUCUUGUGAGGAUUUAAAAAAAAAAAGGACGAAAAGCAGUUGUUAUGUGACAUUUGGUUGGACGCUGCAUCCCUGGACACGAGCUUCAGUUUUUGCAGCGGAGGAAGGUCGGUGUGAGGAAGUUAUUUAUGUUGGCAACUUCAUCUGUCAACUGCUGGUGGUUCUAUUUUUAUAUCUACGGGAAAGAAACUUUAAUACCUCAUUGCUGAGCUUGUAUUUGUUUUAGUUGUAUAAAAAUUCUCGUAUGCCUUUGUGGUUCUAGUACAGGUUGUAGAAAGCUGCUUUAUUUUUCUCUAUAUGCUCUUUUUUAUGGUUGUUAUUA